AUUUCUUGAAUUUUGUUAUCUAACUAUGGCGUCAUUACCAUGGCUAUUCUUGAAAUUCGACCUUUAAGUCUGUCAUUCACAUCAGGCAAUCGGAAAAGAAGUUAUUGUUGAACAAUUAUUACGUGCCCGAAAAUGGUUACUCUUGUUGAGAUACCGCUUUAUUCAAAUGAUUGUUUUCGUGUUAUGAACGAGAUGAGAAGGAAAUCACAACUGUGCGACGUCAUUUUACGUGUUAAACAUAUUGAAUUCCCAGCUCAUCGUAUCGUUUUGGCUGGAGCGAGCCGGUAUCUCCAAGCAAUGUUCACUAAUGGAAUGCUAGAAAGUGGGAAAACUAAAGUGGACAUAGGCGAUAUAGAGCCACAAACCAUGGCAAACUUAUUGGAUUUUGUAUACACCGGUUCCAUAGAAUUGACAACGAACAACGUCCAACAACUUUGUGCCGGUGCCACCAUGUUACAUUUAACAAGCUUGGCAAACUCAUGCGCAAAUUUCCUGGAAGCUCAUAUGGACUAUUUCAACUGCAUUGGAAUCCGAGCUUUUGCUGACCACUACUCUUGCACAAGUCUAGAAAAUUUUGCCUUCAGGUAUAUUUGCGAACAUUUCCUAGACGUUGUGCAAAGUGAAGAAUUUUUACAAUUGAGCAAGGAUGGGCUUCUUGAGCUAAUACAAAGCAACUUGAUACAGGUUUACUCGGAAGAUGAAAUCUUCAAUGCUGUAGAAGUUUGGAUAAAACACCAUUAUGAAGCACGGAAAGGCAUGGCAUCAGAGCUUUUGCAACAUGUUAGACUUCCACUAGUGUCAUUAGAAUUCUUGGAAACACGGGUUGUACCUGCAAGUUUUGUUAAAAAUGAUAGCAAAUGUCAGAUGCUUUUGGCAACUGCAUUGAAUAGUCACAAGAGCAAUCUUCCAUCGUAUAUGUUUGUGCACCGUGCUCAACCUCAAAUGCUUUACACUGUUGGUGGACGUAAUUCAGAUUGUUGUCAACUGGCAACCUUAGAACAAUAUGAUGUUGCAACAAAUUCUUGGAGUUCUUUGGAGCCAAUGACUUGUGCUCGUACCGCAGUUGGUACAUGUUCGCUUAAUGGAUACUUAUAUGUCAUUGGUGGAGAAUGUGCCAAUCAUGCCAACCCUGCUUGGGAUACCACCUACAAGAAAAUAGUUGAGAUCUAUUAUCCCAAAGAGAAUUCCUGGCGAAGAGUUGCAGAAUUAACUAUCCCUCGUUCUUUUGCAUCAGCUGUGUCUUGUGAUGGCUAUGUGUAUGCCCUUGGAGGCGAAGACAGAUUAUGUUCUUAUAAUUUUGUUGAGAAAUAUGAUCCUGAAAAGGAUUUCUGGUUACCAGUACAGAGUAUGAAGAGACGAAGAUCUGGAGCAGGAGCAGCUGUAUGCAAUGGAAUGUUAUUUGUAGCUGGUGGAUAUGAUCGUGGUAUUCACACAGAUCGUGCUUCCGUCGAAUGCUAUGACCCAAAAUUGGAUCAGUGGAUCUUUGUGACUGAACUAGAAAAAGCAAGGUCUGGUCUGGGUUUAGUUUCAUUAGAUGGAUGCAUUUAUGCUGUUGGUGGCCGUAAUAGAAGCACUGAUUCAUAUUUUGAUUUGGUGGAGCGGUAUGAUACGCGCACGCACCACUGGUCACCGGUGGCACCUAUGAACAGCCCUCGUGCCUGGGCAGCCGUAGUUGUUUACAAGGAGAAUAUAUUUGCUAUUGGUGGAUUUGAUGGUGCAAAUCGGUUGAACUCAGUUGAAAUGUAUGAUCCAGUUAAAGACAUUUGGACCAAUAUUGAAGGUUUAAAUGUGAACAGGGCUGGGUGCGGAGCGGCAGUGCUAUAAAACUGGCUUUUAUUGCAGCAGCAUUUUUACAAUAAUUUUUAUAAAUAAACAUGUUUAACAUAGAAAAUUUAAGAAUGUUAAUGUAAAACAUUUAGUUGAUUGUUUUAAGAGUAGUAUUUUAAAUUGAAGUUAUGUAAAAAUUUUCAUCUUGUGCUGUAGGGCAAAUUGUGUAAAAAUGCAUUGUGUAUAGUGUAGGCUACUGAAAACAAAGCUUCAUUUGAUUUGAUUGAUAAAA